AAAUACUAUGCUUCGUCCUCAUUUGUGAAUGGCGCCCUACCACGUCCGAACCAUGCUAGGACUGUACGCAUUACUUGGCCUUCUGGCACUGGGUCUGGCGCAAGACACUUGUCCUGACUGCUCGUCAAUACCUGACUCCCCCGUGUGCGGUACUGAUGGGAAGACGUACCCGACAUCCUGCGCCGUGAGCAAACGGAACUGUGAUGACCCCAAACUGAAACUGGGAAUCCUAUACAAAGGCGCAUGCGUGGAUUAUGUGGGGACUUUCCCACAGCCCAUACAGCCUCAGCCCCAAACCGUGUAUGCGCCCAUCGAUUGUUCCCUCUGGCCCGGUCCGAGGGAAGCUCCCUGCCCCAGGAACCUGGACAGACGCUGCGGUAACGACCUGACCAACUACUUUAACGAGUGUGAGAUGUGUCGCACUGGAAAGGGAGCUCUGAACACCAGACAUAAAGGGCUGUGUACGGACUAUGAACUAGCGCUGAGUGGUAAGGCGUAUCCUGUCUUCGCCAGACUGGCUCCUAGAGAGAUCGCUCCUAUUGUCUUCCCCAGAAAGCCUGACUGCAGGGACGCGUUUAUCCCCUGCCCGAGGGUGUACGGCAUGGACGUGUGUGGCACGGACGGGGUGACCUACAGUAGUGAAUGUGACCUGUGUAACCUUAAGAGAGCCAAAGAAGUUCGCGGCGAAACAUUCGACGUCAUGAUUGUCAAGAUGGGUGGGAUUUGUUAAAUGCUACGUCUACGUCCCAGCUCCACGUGUAAUUGUUCCACCAUGACGAUUGUAAACUAAUAAAGCUUUUGAAAAAAAAAACGUAUAAAGAUUUUCUCUCCACGUUUUACUGGAAAAAUACACUUCUUGGAGUACCUCAAUUCUUUUUAUUUGUCAGACAUAUCCAAUUACCAGUUUCUCUUUUUCUCACAUCUGGUAAUAAACAUAUUUUCAUAUGUUUUGAAAUCCCGAGAAAAAUGGGAGAGAAAUGUAAUUUUUUGUUUUCAGUUUAUUAAUAUAUGUCCCAGUCGGACUACGUGUUGGAUAUGUAUUUCUGAAAUAAUAG